AUGUCAGAAACAAUCGAAUUCGGUCAAUACGUAGUGGAGAGAUUGAAGCAAGCUGGAGUGAAACAGUGCUUUGGGGUUCCUGGAGAUUUCAACUUAGGCAAGGAAUCUACUCCCGGCAAUCUCAUAUUACGGCUCGACUUCGUAGAAGCCGAUCCGGAUAUUGAAUGGGUUGGAAACGCUAAUGAGUUGAACGCUGCUUAUGCUGCCGAUGGAUACGCUCGAGUCAAAGGUGGAUUAGCUGUAAUCGUGACCACUUUCGGUGUCGGAGAGCUUUCUGCCCUUUGUGGUAUUGCCGGUGCUCUGGCGGAGCGAGUGCCCGUAUUGCACAUUGUCGGAGCUCCCAGUACUAAGCUCCAAUCCAGUGACUCCUUGUUGCAUCACACCUUGAAUCUUCCAGGCAGUUUCACUACUUUCUCGACCAUGUCUGCGCCCCUUUCAUGCUCUCAAGCUUUACUCAACACCAUCGCCCCUAAGACCCCAACAGCUUGGACUGAGGCCUUCGAUAAGACCCUUAAAGACGUUCUUGAACAAUGUCGACCAGGUUAUGUCGAAAUUCCUACCGAUGCAUUCCACGCUAAAGUCUCGGCCGAAGGAUUGAAAGAGGCCCUACCUCACCCUCAUUCCGCCCCUCCACCUGAGUCAGUGGCAGCAUCGCUUCCUACCGCCGGAAGUCAAGCUACUGCCACUAGUACUCUCGCUGCUGCUACCUCAGCUGCACCCAGAGCACCUUCAGACGACGUCACUGCUCACGUCGUACAAGACAUUGCUGAAAGGUUCAAGAAUGCCAAAAAACCUGUUAUCCUCGUCGAUGCAUGUGCUGGAAGAUUUGGCAUGGCUGGAGAAGUUAGGAAACUCGUAGAAACAUGUGGUAUCAGAUUCUUCGAGACUCCUAUGGGUAAAAGUUUGCUGGAUGAACACCAUCCUCUUUUCGGAGGUUGUUACGCAGGUGCUAAUUCUCUUCCUCCGGUAAGAGAAGAAGUUGAAUCUGCAGAUUUCGUACUUUACGUCGGUGCUUUGAAGAGUGAUUUCAACUCCGGAUCAUUCUCAGUCAACAUCGAUCCAAAGAUCACAAUUGAACUUCACUCGUUCACGACGAAUAUUGGAUACGCUGCUUAUCCCACAACCGACAUUCGACACGUCUUGCCUGAUUUACUUCCCGCUUUCCAGGAUGUGAUUCAGUCAAGAGCUGCUUCUCCAGCAGAAGGUGAAAGUGCCGAUCAAAAGAUCAGAGCUGGAAGAGUCGAAUCUAUAGUUCCCGAACCAAAAGGAAGUGAAAUCAAACACGAAUGGUUAUGGCCAAGAGUUGGAAAAUGGUUUGCUGAUACAGACAUUAUCAUUACCGAAACUGGUACUUCAUCAUUCGGACUGACAAACGUCCUCCUCCCAUCUCACUCUACUUAUAUCGCUCAAAUCCUUUGGGGUGCUAUCGGUUGGUCAGUCGGUGCUUGUCUCGGUGCUGCAAUGGCCGCUCGAGAAGACAAGAAGGAUAGAAGAACUGUCUUGUUCGUUGGUGAUGGUUCGCUGCAAUUGACCCUCCAAGAAAUCGGUACAAUGCUUCGAAGAGAUGUUCAUCCAUACUUGUUCGUGCUGAACAAUGAUGGAUAUGAAAUCGAGAGACAAAUCCAUGGCGAAACAGCAAAAUACAAUGACAUUCAGUUAUAUGAUCAUCAAUUAUUAUUACCUUUCUUAGCUGGUAAAUCUUGCAAGACAGCUUAUCAAUCAUAUGUCGUCAAAACUCCAGAAGAACUCAACAACCUAUUGGAAGAUAAAGAAUUCAAUGUCCCUGAUAGGUUAAGAUUGAUAGAAGUUUAUAUGCCAAGAGGAGAUGCUCCUGAAGGAUUAAUUAGACAAGCUAAAUUGACUGCUGAAGCUAAUGCUCGAAUUUAA